GUUCAAGCCACAGCCAAAUGUCCCUUCUGAGGCCCCUGCCGAUCCCAAGCUCUUCGAUUUGGCUGAAUACCAUCCAUGGCGAAAGGGGAGCACAAUUUCCAGAUGUGAUACUAUCUAAGCCGCCCGAGACGUAUAAAUAAUCAUGUCUCUUCCCAAGUUUUUCCCAAAAUCUUCAUCAUCUUCAGCCUUCAUCAAACCAGCUUACCUUUGCCAUUCACUUCCAAUUUUUCUUCGAAAAGAUCACACUCAUUUCGUCCUUCCAGAUCAUCAUGUAUACUCUUCUUCUCAUCACUCUCGCCGCCACUGGCGUUUUCGCUGGCGUUCCGGUCAAGGCUCGCAGCGACAGUGACUUGACCGUCGAGGAAGCUAGCAAUCAGUGCGGCAACGGACAAGUCAUCUCCUGCUGCAACACCAGCACUUCCAGCGGCGACGAUUCCGGCAUCCUCAGCGGCACCCUGAAUGACGUUCUCGGAGGCAGCUGCAGCCCCAUUCCCGUCAAUGUCCUCGGCGUGCAGGUCCCUCUUCAACAAGCCUGCGGUGACAACCAAGCCGCUUGCUGCACGGGCGACCAAACCGGACUUGUCAACGUCCAGUGCACCCCCAUCGCGCUCUGAACACGGACAAAAUUUCACGGAUCCUCCCCGAGCCUCGAGCAGAUCAAGACAAAGAUGGAGAAGAAUCGUGAUCAGAGACGUGAGCUGAAGAGUUGUGGAAGUCAUGCGUUGAAGGGUUGUGAAGAGUAAAAGUGCUCUGGAAAGAUCUCAAUGAGAAGUGUCCGGAAAUCUUUUGGAGAGUCUGCUAUUCUUUGAUAACAGAUCGAGGGUGGAUGCAUGGGGGGCUUUACAUUCUUUAUCCUUGGACCGUAUAGGUAGUCACUCCUUAAUAAAUCAACCUAUUUUGGUCAGA